UUGAGCGUUGAAAUCAUUUGGCUUUGCUAGUUUGUUAUCUUUCUUUCGAUUGGGGCGUAAUAAAUAAAAAGAUAGAUUGUUCAUGAUCGACGUCAUUUUACUCUAUGGUUUAAUGGUAGGAUUUCGUUUCGUCGUUGGUUUCGUUGACCGACCAACCAACUUGUAUAGAUUGUUUUGUUUUGUGAUUUAGUUUUAAUUUAAAAGUCGCAUUUUACGUUUUAACAUAAUGCUAUCCUCCAUUGUAUCAAAUUGUGAUAAUAUUGUUGAAUGCCUUAACUCUUCGGACGUUUUGUGAUUUCCAAGCAAUAGUAGUGAUAUUUUCCCACAUAAUUAUGGUUAACUGACGUUAGACUGUGCAUCCUCAAUUAUGGCAGACUCAGGUUAUUAUCACAGCGAUUAUAUUCGUCACCCAGUAUUGCACGAACUGGGUGUCAAGUAUGGAAUCAAAACUGAGUGUAUUCCAGAAAUAGCUUUACCGUCUAAGUUGGAGGAGCUCAAGGAUGUCAUACGUAGAGAAAUACGUAAGGAACUUAAAAUAAAAGAAGGUGCGGAGAAGUUGCGCGAAGUCGCUACCGACAGAAGAUCUCUCUCCGACGUCGCCAACAUCGUCAAAAAAGCUAACAUAAAACUGAAUGAGCUUAAAUCUGACCUGCAAGAACUUGAAUCACAAUUACUGCUUUCGCGUGGUCAAUCCACUCCCACCUCACCGGAGGACCUGUCUUAUGAUGAAGAGAUUAUCCUGGCUUCAGAGGCGGCCCAACAGCAACGCCAGCUUGGAGAGGCUACAACUGAUCGUAAGUUAGCAUCACUACAAAAACAGUUGAAUAUUGAACAGAAGGUAAAACAGGGCGCAGAGAACAUGAUACAAAGUAUCACUAGCAGUAACCAAUCUCGUGAUAAAAAACUUCUUGCUGAGGCACAUCAAAUGCUUGCCGAUUCUAAAGCCAAGAUUGAGUAUUUGAAGUUACGUAUAAACAAAAUGUCUAAACAGCAAAAAGGUGACACUGCUGGAUCUAAUGGUGAUGGCAAAAGUUCUGACAUUAGUGGUGUUGAUGCUUUGUUGGAUGAACGAAUUGCUGAGUUGAGAAACAGGCUGAGAAUUGAAGCAGCUGUUGUAGAGGGAUCAAAGAAUGCUAUCAGACUGUUACAAACUGACAAGAAAGUGACUGACAAGAAAGCUUUACAAGAAGCUCAAAUGAGCCUAUUAGAGUCAUCUCAGAAAUUGGAGCUAUUACGUGUUUCCCUAGACUUGAGAAGGCAAGAACUGCCAUCUGAAAGUGCUGCAUUUAUUGAACUGGGACAUGAGAUACGUAGUACUGGGUCGAGCCCUGGAUAUGUUAGCUUGUCUGGUAGCAGUGGAUCUAGGUCUCAGUUCUUGUCUCCUGCGCCUAUGAUUAGCCAGUGUGUGCAGGUGACAGGUACUUUAGAAGUCAGAUUAAUGGGGUGCCAGGACUUGCUGGAAGAUGUGCCUGGACGUAGCCGUAGAGACCCUCUAGCUAGCCCUUCAGACUUGAAGUCCUUUGUCAAGGGUGUCGCGAUCCGGAACUCUAUGAAGUAUACAUAUAGUAUCAAAGAAGAUACAAGCAAUGAAAUCAUGGCAGUGAUGAAGUUAGACAACCACACAGUUGCCCAAACUAGUUGGAGGCCUUGUUCCCAACAAGCCUGGGACCAACGUUUUACCAUCAAAUUGGAUAAAUCAAGAGAACUUGAAAUUGGAGUACAUUGGAAAGACUGGAGAGGUCUCUGUGCUAUAAAGUUUUUGAGAUUAGAAGAAUUCAUUGAUGAUAUAAGACACGGCAUGGCCUUAGAGCUCGAACCUCGUGGUGUAUUAUUUGCAGAAAUAAAAUUUUUGAAUCCCAUUAUAUCCAGAAAACCAAAACUUCAAAGGCAGAGGAAAAUAUUCAAGCAACAAGGGAAGAAUAUUCCCCGACCAUCUUAUGGUGACAUGCACAUUCCAGCUGUUGUCUUGGGGAGAUUACUCAAGCAUUCUUCUCCAUCAAUACAAAAUAUCCAAAAAGCACAUAUUCAUCAGCAGCAAGGCAGCUUUGAAUCUACAUCUCUUGACAACAGGGAUAUUGAAAAUCCAAAUGUCACACUUGGAGGAAUGGCUGGGGUAAGACCCCUGGGCUUACCUUCCACACCAACCACCCCACAGCCUUCUUCAGCUCCACCAAAACCCACACUUCCUCUACAACCCCCACCAAAUGUCUCCACUUUGCGUAUGGAAAAAGAGCUGCAAGAAGCAUUUGCUUUCUUGGAAGAUUCUUAUACCAGGGAUAAUUAUGUUGUGAAAGAACCACAAACACCUUGUGAUGCCCCAUUGGUAGAGUAUCCACCAUCACCAUCUCCAAAACUGGUUCUUGAAUAUCCUAGCAAUGAGGAUCAAAUUGUAGAUGUCACCAGCAAUAUGAGGAUAUCAACAUCGCGCUCCUCAUCUGUUAUAGAAACAAUGGGCAAAGAACAGGAUUCCAGGCGACAGUCAAGUGACAUGUCUAUGGGCAGCUUCCGGUUAUUAAGUGUCCUUGGACGAGGUCAUUUUGGGAAAGUAAUUUUAGCUCAGUACAAACCUACAAAUGAAUAUUUUGCAAUCAAAGCUUUAAAAAAGGGUGAUAUUAUAGCAAGAGAUGAAGUAGACUCUUUGUUAUCAGAAAAGAGGAUUUUUGAGGUAGCUAAUGCAAUCAGACAUCCCUUUUUGGUUAAUUUAUUUGCAUGUUUCCAAACUGAACAACAUGUCUGUUUUGUGAUGGAGUAUGCAGCAGGCGGUGAUCUUAUGAUGCACAUUCAUGCCGACGUGUUCACAGAACCUAGGGCAGUAUUCUAUGCAGCUUGUGUAGUAUUAGGCCUACAGUAUUUACAUGAAAAUAACAUUAUAUAUAGAGAUUUAAAGUUAGAUAACUUACUUUUGGAUACUGAGGGUUAUGUUAAAAUUGCUGAUUUUGGCCUUUGUAAAGAAGGUAUGGGGUGGGGUGACCGCACUGGUACGUUCUGUGGAACUCCGGAAUUUCUUGCUCCUGAAGUAUUAACGGAAACUUCAUACACGCGGGCUGUAGAUUGGUGGGGACUAGGAGUUUUGAUAUUUGAAAUGUUGGUUGGUGAAUCACCUUUUCCUGGGGAGGAUGAGGGUGAAGUAUUCGAUUCUAUAGUGAACGACGAAGUUCGUUACCCGAGAACUUUGUCUCUAGAAGCGAUAGCAUUAAUGCGACGUUUAUUAAGGAAAAAUCCUGACAGACGAUUAGGAUCGUCUGAGCGGGAUGCCGAAGAUGUAAAGAAACAGGCAUUCUUCCGAAAUGUACAUUGGGAGCAACUUCUGCUUCGUAAAGUAAAGCCACCAUUUGUGCCAACGAUUAAUAAUCUAGAAGAUGUUAGUAAUUUCGAUAGCGAAUUUACUUCAGAAGCGGCAGUAUUGACUCCGCCUAAGGAGCCGCGGCCUCUUUCUACCACAGACCAUAAAAUGUUUGAAGAUUUUACAUACAUGGCAGACUGGUGUUAAAUAUGUUGGAUGAUCAAUAUUUCACAAAAUUGACAAAUGACCAUUGACUAAGAUAUGUGUGGCUAUGUGGGUCGCCAUACGCUCGACUAUCACAUACUUGGAUAAGUAGAAAAAUGUAAUUGAAAAAGCAAUAUAAUAUUUAGGUACGUUUAACAUAAAUAAAUCAGUUUUAUUAUUUAUAUUUUAGACCAUGGUAAUUCACAUAUCGAUUAAUGGUCUUGUAAAAAUGGAAAGGGUAAUGUGAUUGUUCAAGAUUUAUUGAAUUCUAAUAUAAGUCCCUACCCUGUCUAUAAACCAUACCCACAACAAAUUAAAAACAGUAGAUUGUACCAGCACUUGUAUUGUAGUAAACAAUAACCCCUAUUGCCUUACGAAUGAUUGAGAAAUAUGUAUUUUGAUAAUAUCAUUGUUCUCUCUACAUCAGAGUGUCUUCAGGGACCUCUUGUUAUCUUGUAUUUAAUGCUGUUAAAUGCAAUAUUUUUAAUAAUUGUGUAAUUUAAUAAGUUUUAAAUAGUGGUAAUGUUUAUUUUUUUAAAACAUCGUGUUAUAGAUUUAUAUAUUAUGUAGUUAUGAAUUGAUUAACGUAGAGGUAUGUUAUAAAUAACUAAUAAUAAGUGAAGGCGUGUCAAAUCAUAUUACGUUUUCAGUCAAUUGUUUACUUAUUCAGCGAAAUAAAGGUAUCAAAACACUAA